AGAGUGUUACAAAAAGUGCUAUUUUUUUUUUUUGUUAUAAAAUUGCAUUAGAAAAUAAACUAGGUUGUUUCUAUCAAAAAAAUUGAAAGAAAUCUUUGAUUGUUAUGUAGCGGAAUGACAAAUAUGGACUUCUUUCACUUUGGUUUAGUAUAAAUUAAUAAACACCUUUCUUACUUGUUAAAUAUUUUUCUUUCGAAUUUUACUUGGAGUUUUUCGAAAUUUAAAAUUAUUAGCGUUAUGUCAAAUACUAUUAACACUGAUUUAAAAAAAUCAAAGUAUGCGCCCUUUCAUGCACAAGAUAAAAAUGGAUAUGAUGAUAACAUUUAUGGCGGCACCGGAGUGCUGUCAGGUCAAUAUGUUUCAGUAGAAUGUACUGAAAAUGAAGAGACUAUUCAUGGAAAUGGUGUACUCAAUUCAACUCAUUCCAUGUAUGGUGGUUUACAAAAACCUUCUUUAAAUGACAUAAGUCGAAUACAAGAUUCUGCUAGAAUGGAUCAUGCAUUACACAGUGAAGACACGGAAGACGUUUUUGCCGAGCAUAAAAAAAAUAAAUCAAUAAGUAGUCGUGAAGAUGCUUAUCGAUUAAAAAGGUUCAAUCAAAUGCUUUCGCCUGAAAGGCAAGAUCCUUUUGUUGAAAAAACUCCUUCACAGGAAUUACGGACUUAUAGUGACGUGAUGGCAGAACAAGAGUUAACAAGACAAAAAGCAGCAUUAUUACGCGAUUUGAAAAAAAGAAGCCGCGAAGAAAAACCACCUCAGGAUAUGAGUGAGAGAGAAUCCUUUGGAGAAUCUGAGUAUUCUUCAGAAAAAACUUCGUAUAAAGAUAGCUCUUCAACAAAAGCGAAUGCUGACGAAUGGGAUAUUCCUGAAUGUGAGCAAGAAAGUAGUAUGGAUAGUUUGCUCUUAACUCCUGAAAGAUCUUCUCAUCAAGGACAACAUUCCAAACGAAAUCGAUGGGAUUCUAUGCCAUCUGAAGAUCAAAGUGAUGCUGAAACACCUCUGCGAGGUCAAACUCCUUCACGUUGGGGCUCUGAAACGCCUACAUCAAGUACAACAGCCGAUACGGGAACUCCUAAACCAAAAAUGAGCCGAUGGGAUAAUUUAGGGUCUGUUUCAUCAACUCCAAACAACGCGUCAUUUUUAAAAACUCCUGGUGUCACACCUUUGGGGAUGACAGGCUUUUCAAUGAGUACACCUUUGACACCAACAAUUAUUGCGGGUUUACCACCUGAUGAAAUUUUACGUUUAAGAAUACAAACUGAGAUGGAUAAACGUUUAAGACCAAUGACAGAUGAAGAAAUCGAUGCAAUUAUUCCUACAGAAGGAUAUGAAAUAGUCGACCCUCCUCCGGAUUAUGUAUUACCUUUACGUCCAUCGCUACCAUUAGCAGCUGCAGCAGCUGCAGCCGCAACAUCGUUUGAAGGCUCCACACCUUUUUAUACUAUGCCGGAAGGUUCAACGGGACCAUUAGAACAUGAAUUUGUUGGUUUCACAAAAGAUUUAGAAGAUGUCACAUUAAAAGCAGAAGAUUACCAAGUUUUUAGUAAAUUAUUUACGGAUGUGAACGAAGAUGAACUCACAAACGAAGAAAUUCAAGAACGUAAAAUUGCAGCUUUACUAUUAAAAAUAAAAAAUGGGACACCACCUAUACGUCGUGCAGCUUUGAAACAAAUUACAGAAAGAGCACGAGAGUUUGGCCCUGGACCAUUAUUCAAUCAAAUUCUUCCAUUAAUGAUGCAAUCAACGUUAGAAGAUCAAGAACGUCAUUUACUCGUCAAAGUCAUAGAUAGAGUUCUUUAUCGUUUAGAUGACGCAGUGCGGCCGUAUGUUCACAAAGUUUUAGUUGUUGUUGAGCCUCUUCUCAUUGAUGAAGAUUAUUAUGCUCGUGUGGAAGGUCGAGAAAUAAUAUCAAAUUUAGCUAAAGCAGCGGGUCUUGCUACGAUGAUUGCAACAAUGAGACCCGAUAUAGAUCAUGCAGAUGAAUAUGUUCGUAAUACGACGGCACGCGCUUUUGCUGUGGUUGCCUCAGCUUUAGGUAUUCCAGCCUUAUUACUUUUCUUAAAAGCAGUAUGUCAAUCUAAAAAAUCAUGGCAAGCAAGACAUACUGGCAUCAAAAUAGUUCAACAGAUCUCCAUUUUAAUGGGAUGUGCAGUGCUUCCUCACUUGAAGCAAUUAGUCGAUGUUAUAGCUUCUGGUUUACAUGAUGAAGAACAAAAAGUGAGAACGAUUGCUGCUUUAGCCGUGGCCGCGUUAGCAGAAGCCGCUGCACCUUAUGGUAUUGAAGCUUUCGAUUGUGUCUUAAGACCAUUAUGGAAAGGUAUUACUGAACAUAGAGGAAAAGGACUGGCUGCUUUUUUAAAAGCUAUCGGAAUGAUUAUUCCCUUAAUGGACAAACAUCAUGCCAAUUAUUAUACCCGUGAAGUCAUGGUUAUACUUAUACGAGAAUUCCGAACCCCUGAUGAAGAAAUGAAAAAAAUUGUUUUAAAAGUGAUCAAACAAUGUGUUAUGACGGAUGGUGUGGAAGGAGAUUAUAUAAAAAAUGAAGUUCUUUUACCUUUUUUUACGUCUUUUUGGGUUGUGCGUAAUGCACUGGAUCGAAGAAAUGCACGUCAAGUUGUUGAAACAACAGUGGAAUUAGCAAAAAAAGUGGGUGGAGCAGCUGUUAUUCAACAUAUCGUUCCACAUUUAAAAGAUACAUCAGAACCUUAUAGACGUAUGACUCUUGAAACUUUAGCUGAAAUAGCUGAAUGCCUAGGUUUAAUGGGAGUCAAUCAACGUUUAGAAGAAAUGUUAGUGGAUGGGUUAAUGUUUGCGUUUCAAGAACAAACAGCGGAUGAAACCGUUUCAAUGCUUAAUGGUUUUGGUACAAUUAUGAAUACGUUAGGGGCUCGAUGUCGACCCUAUUUACCUCAAAUGGCAGGUACAAUUCGUUGGAGAUUAAAUACACCUUCAUCACGUAAUCGUCAACAAGCGGCUGAUUUCAUCGCACGCAUCACAGUGAUCAUGAAACAGUGUGAUGAAGAGCAAAUGUUAGGUCAUUUAGGUUUAUAUUUGUAUGAGUAUCUUGGUGAAGAGUAUCCUGAAGUUUUAGGAAGUAUACUUGGUGCACUUAAAGCGAUUGUCAAUGUGGUUGGAAUGCAAAAUAUGUCACCGCCGAUCAAAGAUUUAUUACCACGCUUAACUCCAAUUUUAAAAAAUAGACAUGAAAAAGUUCAAGAAAAUGUGAUUGAUUUAAUUGGAAGAAUAGCUGAUCGUGGUGGAGACUUGGUCUCACCCAAAGAAUGGGAUCGAAUUUGUUUUGAUUUACUUGAAUUACUACGCGCUCAUAAAAAAGGGAUCCGUCGUGCAGCUGUCAAUACCGUCGGAUAUAUAGCUCGUGCGAUUGGUCCAUUUGACGUGCUUUUGACACUUCUUAAUAACUUGAAAGUUCAAGAACGUCAGCUUCGUGUGUGUACGACCGUUGCUAUAGCAAUCGUAGCUGAAACAUGUCAACCCUACACAGUUUUGCCCGCACUUAUGAAUGAAUAUAAAACUCCUGAUUUGAAUGUAAGAAACGGUGUUUUAAAAUCCCUGUCUUUCAUGUUCGAAUAUAUUGGCGAAAUGGGAAAAGACUAUGUUCAUACCGUUGCUCCUCUUUUAGAAGACGCGCUUACAGAUCGUGACUUAGUUCAUCGUCAAACAGCGGCUUGGGCUGUCAAACAUCUUGCUUUAGGAGUUCAAUGUUUGGGAUGUGAGGAUGUUUUACACCAUUUAUUAAAUUUUGUUUGGCCCAAUAUAUUUGAGACGUCUCCGCAUCUUGUUCAAGCAUUUUUUGAUGCAAUGGAUGGUUUUCGUGUAUCGUUAGGUCCGUGUGUUUUACUUCAAUAUCUUUUACAAGGUCUUUUUCACCCUGCACGAAAAGUGCGAGAGUGUUACUGGAGAAUAUACAAUAAUGUGUAUAUUGGUCAUCAAGAUGCUCUAGUUGCAUUUUAUCCGGAACUUCCCGAAACACCAGAACAUCCUUAUAAUCAUUUUCGUCGCGAUUAUCUUUACUCAACCUUGUAAUAUCAACUAUUCUCA